GCUGUGCCCAGACACGCCAGAUGGAGACAGUUGGAAGAGGUGGACGCAUCGACACUCCUCUGAUUGACUAUUGAGAGUAUAAGCGAAGGGAUUACAUUUAUUUAUUCACACGAACUGGUCGUUGACACCACUUUGUUAAAUGGAUUCCGGUUGUUUCACCGCGGCGCAGCGUAUUUCUUGCCACACCAUGAAUGCGGAUUUAUUUAAGCCUGUUUCGGAGCGUGGACCUCAACAGUCCUCUGCCCCGGUGAAAACCAGCAGGAAUAAACCCGAACAAACCAAACCAGAACUGGCCCAGGUGGUGACAGACUCCAAGACGGGCAGAUCCUACAGUAAAGGAAAGCUUCUGGGGAAGGGUGGCUUUGCUCGAUGCUAUGAGAUGACGGACCUCUCCAACAACAAAAUGUAUGCGGUGAAGGUGAUUCCACAGAGCAGGGUGUCCAAACCACACCAGAGGGACAAGAUUACCAAUGAGAUCGAGCUUCACAAAACCCUGUCACACAAGCAUAUAGUGAAAUUCUCUCAUCAUUUUGAAGACCAAGAAAACAUCUACAUAUUCCUCGAGCUCUGCAGUCGGAAGUCCCUGGCACACAUUUGGAAGGCGAGACACACGCUCACGGAGCCAGAAGUGCGGUAUUACCUCAAGCAGAUCAUAUCUGGUCUCAAGUAUCUCCACAGCCGAGGGAUUCUGCACAGGGAUCUCAAACUAGGCAACUUCUUUGUCAAUGAGAACAUGGAUCUGCGGCUGGGAGACUUUGGCCUCGCUGCCAAGCUGGAGACAGCCGAGCAGAGGAAAAAAACAAUCUGUGGGACUCCCAAUUACCUGGCCCCUGAGGUGCUAAACAGACAGGGCCACAGCACAGAGUCUGACGUGUGGUCCCUCGGCUGUGUCAUGUACACACUGAUGUGCGGCAACCCUCCUUUCGAGACGCUUGACCUGAAGGAGACCUACAAGUGUAUAAAAGAAGUUCGAUACCACUUGCCGUCCACGCUUUCCCCUUCUGCACAGAAACUCAUCUCAGGCAUCCUGCAGAAAAACCCCAAUGACAGACUCUCACUGGAUCAAAUUCUCAACCACGAAUUCUUCACCAAAGGUUUCACCCCUGAUAAGCUUCCCCCCAGCAGCUGUGUGAUGGUGCCAGAGCUCCAUCCCCCCAGCCCUGCCAAGAAAUUCCUCACUAAAAUGGCCAAGAGCCUCUUUGGCAAAAAGAAGCCUAAAGUGGAGAAGAUUCCAUGCGAGGAAAAAGAUGACAAAGACAUUUCCAAGUUGGUAUCGGGCAUUGUUAAAUGUUCCAUCAACCGGCAGAUCAGCUACAAGACUGUGGGACCAAAUGAGGUGCCCUCUCCCACCAGUCAGCUGGUCAACUCUGUGCCUCUGGAACAGACUCCAGCUGAGGAGGAAUCCAGGAAGUCCAUUUCCCGCUCCUUCAAGGGCACCAUGGCCAGCAGCUCUGAACCAUGUGAGGACGCCCUGACCCCUGCAGCUGUUGCUGAAGCGGCUGUGAAAGUGCUCAACAGCUGCCUGGCAUCCAUGCCUACAGUCACUAGAAACCCGCCCUGUUUGUCGAGGCCACAGUCCUUCCCGUGGGUGACUAAAUGGGUCGACUACUCAAACAAAUAUGGUUUUGGCUACCAGCUCUCAAACCAAAGCAUCGGUGUGCUCUUCAAUGAGGGAACGCAUCUCAGCCUUUGCAACCAACGCAACACAGUCCAUUACUGCUUGACCAACAACAAACACUUCACUUUCCCUGCCAACUCUCUACCUGAGCAGCUUCACAGCCAGAAACAAAUAGUGGAUCUCAUGGCCAACUACAUGGAGCAGAACCUUAUGGAGGGUGGAGAUCUGCUUUGUGAGGAGCAAGUCUCAGGUCCUCCUCCUCUGCUGCUCCAGUGGGUGAAGACUGACCAUGCUCUCGUCAUGCUCUUCAACAACGGCACUCUGCAGGUUAACUUCUACACGGACCACACCAAGAUCAUCCUGUGCAAGUCGUCUGAUGAUUCCUAUCUGCUCACCUACAUCAGCCGGGAACGCGUCUCAUACACUUACCUCCUCAGCAUGCUGAUUGAGAUGGGCUGCACCUCUGAGCUAAGACACCGACUGCGAUACGUGGUCCAGCUGCUCCAACAUCAUGAUGCCUGAGAGCACAGCUCAGUGCCUCCCAGGCUGCCUGACUGGCUAAUGCCUUGGAGGCAACUUGACUGGUUAACACCUCUUAGACAGUCUGACUGGUUGAUUUUGAUUUCUCAAGGCAGUGCCAGGAGGAGUCAACCUGUUCAGCUGUUAGAAGGCAGCUCAGAGGAGUUGAGAAAAUAUUCUUCUCUGGACUGGUGCAGAGGCAACUGAUUAUCAAAUUUAUUGACCUUGAUGAACAUCAAGCAAUCAGGAAGUUGCCCAAUGCAGCAUCUGCCUCGAGGGUUUGUGCCUGUCCAGCUUUAUGUCUGAAAUGUAUUCACCUGGAAGGUAUUAAUACAUAAAAUAAGAGACUCCUACCUGGCCUGAAAUGAUGUAUCCCUCACUGGCAGAUGUCUAAAUGAACACCCAAACUUCCAAAUACCUUCCCUAGCUCGCUGAAAACCAUUGCUUCUUGGCUGGAUCUUUCAAAGCAACCAACCUUGCAGCUUUCAGCUAGCAGAUAACCCAGGCAUGAUUUCUCAAAGCUAUCCAAACACUAAAAUUGUCCUAUUUGUGUACAAUGGAUCAAGGAUAAUCUUGCAGCUGGAAUGCUUUUAGGCUCAAUUUUUCCAAAAGUAUUUUGGCAGCAAGGUCAUGAUGUUGACUUGCCCUGGAUCUGUGAUUUUUACAAGCAGAGAUGCUUUGGGAAGAACUGGUUUCAUCAGAGAGUGAGAGAGAGAGAGAGAGAGAGAGAGAGAGCGAGACCCUCCUACCCUCGGUUGGUUUCUGGCCUCUUUGGAUGAUGGUGCACACCUUAUUUUUUUUCUUAUUUUUUUUAAGAAAAAAAAAAUAGCCAGCCAUAGGAUCACACUACGAUCUUGACCUCACAUGCACAAUAACAUUCCUGGCCUUAUUUGAUGAUGGUGAUGCUACAGUUUGGAGAAAGUUAUCUCUGCUUCUGCUCCAACAUCACUUUUUUUUGUUUUGUUUUAUAGUGAUUUGAAAUGAAUUUCACAUAUGUGGUGCACAACAGACUAAAGGGGCUAUGGGAGCAACACAAUUUUGCACUUUUUUUUUUUUUUGUUUUUUUUUUUUUUUUUGGAAAUUCAUCUUGAAAGUGAAUCCUUUUACCACCACUUGUUAUAUUUUAGUUGUUUUUAACUAGAUACCAAAAGGCAUUUUCUCUGUUGGUUUUAAAAUAAUUCAGUUUUAAAUUCACAUGCAGUAGGUGAAAGUGUGUGUGCCACAUGUGCUGGUAAACAAAACUGUUGGUUUGAAAAUGAGCGUGGGGAGGGGGGGGAUAAAAGUGCCUUCUGAGGGAUGUCUGUAUAGUGCAAUAAUAACUUUGUGAAUGUCAAGCUGGAUACACACACGAUCCGAAGUGGGUUUCACAGGUGGGAUUUACUUUUGUACUUUGAGCCAAGUUUAAAAGUAAGUCCAAUAGCACUACACUCUCACUACCUGUUAUAAGCUUUUAGAACAACUGGUAUCAUAAGUAUAUAUCCCAGUAAUAUCUACUAUGGAAAAAAAUAUUGUACUCUGUUGUACUGUACUGUAAUCCUUAUUGGUUUACAUUGCUUUUCUCAAUCCAGAGUUGUAUCCUAAAAACUGUGACCUGGAAUGCAAGUAUUACAUACAUGUGUUUUCAAAAAACCCAACAUUGUGAAAGCCAUCUGCCAAUUCAGAAGAGCCUUUAUUUUUUGGCACAUAAUGUCCUGUUUAUUUAUUUUUUAUUUAUACAUGUUUUUUAUUUAUUGUUGUGUAAUGUUAACGGUCUUGACACAAGGAAAUGUUCAAUUCCGAUCACCUUUUGUAUGUAACAUUUUUUGGGGGAAAAUGGGACAAAAAUAAAGUUUAUUGAAAAUGAA